AUGCUGAAACAAGGUGACAUGUCCGUAGCAAAUUAUGAUUGGGAAUUUUUUAGACUGAGUAGAUAUGCAACUGGAUUUGUACUGAUUGAAGCUGACAGAUGUGAACGGUUUUUACGAGGGCUGCAUGAUGAAUUACGACUACAGUUGGUGUCUCUACGGAUUACUAAAUUUGCAGAUUUAAUUGAAAGAGCCAAAAUGGUUGAACAAGUGUCGAGGUUAAACAACAAGCCUGAAAUUUCUCAUUCACUUGGGAAGUGUCCCGGAACUACAAGCUCUAAUCCACAACCUAAUAGAUCAAAAGAAUUUCAAAGCAGUGGAAGAUUUGGUUCUAGGUCAGAUAGAAGUGACAGAAAUCGUAAUAGACAGACGACAGUUUACACUAGUACUGUCAGAGGGCCAUCCAGAAAUACUGAAAUUUUGAAUUGUCAACAUUAUGGGAAUAAACAUCGGGGUGAAUGUUGGAGAUUAACUGGAGAAUUACCUGGAUUACUUCUUGAUCGGGAAGUUGAAUUUGUGAUUGAAGUAUAUCUGGGUACAGAUCCAGUGUCAAUAUCUCCAUAUCGUAUGUCACCAACUGAGUUGAAGGAGUUGAAGAAAGAGUUGAAUUUAAGACAGCGUCAAUGGAUAGGACUUUUAAAAGAUUAUGAUUGUGUUAUUAACUAUCAUCUGAGCAAAGCUAACGUGGUAGCUGAUUCAUUGAGUAGAAAAGCUGCAAUCGAAUUGCGAGCGAUGUUUGCACAGCUUAGUGUUAGUGAUGAUGGAGGCUUAUUGGCUAAAUUAAGAAUUAAACCAGUGAUGUUCGAACAAAUCAAGUCAGCUCAGUUAGAAGAUAACAAGCUUAUGAAGAGGAAAGAAAUGGUUCAGAGUGGUGUAGCAGAGAAUUUCAGCAUUGAUGAACAUGAAUUGAAAGAGUUAAUACUCUCAGAAGCACAUGACAGUCCAUUCGCAUUACAUCCUAUAGGAACAAAAAUGUAUCGAAAUUUACGGGAAUUGUAUUGGUGGCCAGGAUUCCCAUUGUCAUCAAGUAAGAAAAAUGCUAUUUGGGUGACUGUUGAUCGGCUUACAAAGUCAUCUCAAUUUGUAGCAGUCAGAACGGAUUGGUCACUUCAGAAACUUACAGAAACUUACUUUCGGGAAAUUGUGAGACUACAUGGUAUCCCUGUAUUGAUAAUUUCAGACCGGGAUCCAAGGUUUACAUCAAGGUUUUGGGAAUAG